AUGAGCAAUAAUAUACAAACUUCAUCAUUUGUGAAGAAGCUAGCGGCAAAUGACCGUCCAACUAGAACAAAAGCAUUAGAAGCAUUACAAAAGUUUUUAUCACAUCCACGUAAAUUACCUUUAUUAGAAUAUGAAAAAUUAUGGAAGGGUCUAUACUACUCAAUGUGGUUCAGUGAUAGACCAAGACCUCAACAAAGAUUAGCUAGAGAUUUAUCUUCAUUAUUUGAUAUAAUUCCAAAACAAAAUUGGAAAUUAUUUAAUGAAAGUUGGUGGGUUAUUAUUUGUAAAGAGUGGCCUCAUAUUGAUCAUUGGAGAUUAGAUAAAUUCUUAAUGUUGGUUAGAUUCAACCUUAAUGCUAUGUUUGCUAGAUUAGAAAAAGAAGAAUGGGAUGAUGAAAUGGUUGAACAAUUUUUACAAGUUUUGAAAAAAAUUCCAUUAUCUGGUGAUAAAAAAAUACCUAAUGGGAUCCCAUUCCAUAUUAUUGAUAUCUAUGUUGAUGAAUUGGAGAAAGUGGUUUUCAAAGACGUUGAGGAAAAAGAUGAAGAUGAAGAAGAUGAAGAUGACGAACAGGAUGAUAUCAAUAAAAGAAAACAAGAUAUAAUAGAUAGUACACCUGUUGGAGAAUUGAUUUCAGUGUUUGAUGAAUUGAGUAAAGAGGCUGCAUACAAGACCCUAAGAGAAAAGAUCAGAGAUGAAGUGUUAAAAGAUGACAGAUUGAAACAAUGGGGUGUUGUUGAAGUGGUUGAAGAGGAAAAUGAUGAAAGUGAAGAGGAUACAGAAGAUGAUCAAAAUGAAGAUAGUGAAGAUGAAUGGAAUGGGUUUGAUUAA